CCAGGGAGAAGGGCCGCGUGGCGGGAGGUGGACCCAGCGCUAUAAAGCCUGUGUGCCCCAGAACUGGGAGGACGCGUGCCUGAGCCGGAGUGGGGUCUGCGAAACCAUGGACACCCGGUUCCUGCUGCCCCUUUGUCUCGUCCUGCUGCUGCUGGGAUGUGAAGUCCAGGGCAACCCUCUGGCCCAGCAAGACGAGCCCGCCAGCCCACACCUGCUGGCCCAGGUGCAGGAGACCCUCUUCAGCUACUGGGACAACGCCAAGGCAGCGGCACAGGGCCUGUACGAGAGGACGGGCUUGCCCACUGUAGACGAGCAGAUCAGGGACAUGUACAGCAGAAGCUCAGCAGCCAUCAGCACUUACACAGGCAUCUUUACUGACCAAAUCAUGACAAUCCUUGCGGGAGACCAGUGACACCCAGGCAACGGGGGGGGGGCAGAGGGGAGAGCCCAAGUCGCCUGGCUACCCAGGGUGGGGCCGAGCUUGUGCAUCGCCGUUCUCAGCUUUCUGCCUCCAACUCUGGCCUGGAUCUUAUCAAUAAAUGAACAAUGAAUAAAUUUUUAGAAAUAA